GUUGGUCCAGCCCUCCCGUCUCCGGUAGACCGCAGACCCUCCUGCAGCUUCUCGAAGCUGUUCUCUCCGACACCACAUUUGGGGGUCCGGGCUCCUCGCACCACACCCUCUUGUUUCCGGGGAUAUUUGUUUUCUGCUGUCGACCUCCGACGGAACCGUGUGUCGCUGCUUCAGUGGGCGGAUAAAGCGGAGGAGGCGUCCGGGCCUGGCUGCCGCUGCUGCUGCCGCUACCGCUGCCGCUCGCUGCUGCUGCCGCUGCCGCCGCCGCCGCCUGCUCAGAGUCCAGACGACGGAAUUUCGCAUUUUCAGGCCGUCCUGCGAUGGAGAAGAUGAAGAGAAUUAAGAAGCGUCUUUCGUUGACGCUGCGCUCCAGUCAGACCAUCGAUGAGUCUAUGUCUGAACUGGCAGAGCAGAUGACCAUCGAGGACGGCGGCACCAAGGACAAUGAGCCCUUCAUGAGGAACGGCCGCCCCCUCACCUCCCACAGCAUGCACUCCUUCCUGCACCAGUACACUGGCCCCUUCAAGAAGCCACCACUCCGCCGGCCACACAGCGUCAUUGGUGGCACCCUGGGCUCCUUCAUGUCAAUGCCACGCAACGGCAGUCGUCUGGAUAUUGUGCAUGAGAACCUGAAGAUGGGCUCCGAUGGGGAGAGCGACCAGGCGUCAGGAACGUCUUCAGACGAGGUGCAGUCUCCAACCGGCGUCUGUCUGAGGAACCGCAUCCACCGGCGGAUCUCCAUGGAGGACCUCAACAAGCGCCUGUCGCUGCCCGCGGACAUCCGAAUUCCUGACGGUUACCUGGAGAAACUGCAGCUCAGCAGCCCGCCCUUCGACCAGCCGCUCAGUCGACGCUCCCGCAGAGCUUCGCUGUCAGAGAUUGGUUUUGGCAAAUUGGAGACGUACAUUAAGCUGGACAAACUUGGAGAGGGAACGUACGCCACAGUAUUUAAAGGACGCAGUAAGCUGACGGACAACCUAGUGGCACUGAAGGAGAUCCGGCUGGAGCACGAGGAGGGUGCGCCAUGCACAGCCAUCAGAGAGGUGUCGUUACUGAAGGACCUCAAACACGCCAACAUCGUGACGCUUCACGACAUCAUACACACUGACAAGAGCCUCACGCUCGUCUUCGAAUACCUGGAUAAGGACCUGAAGCAGUACAUGGAUGACUGUGGAAACAUAAUGAGCAUGCACAAUGUGAAGAUCUUCCUGUUCCAGAUUUUGCGAGGGCUGUCGUAUUGUCAUAAGAGGAAAGUUCUCCACAGGGACUUGAAGCCCCAGAACCUCCUUAUCAAUGAGAAAGGAGAACUCAAACUGGCUGAUUUCGGUCUGGCGAGGGCCAAGUCUGUGCCGACUAAAACCUACUCCAACGAGGUGGUGACCCUCUGGUACCGGCCUCCUGAUGUUCUCCUGGGAUCCUCUGAGUAUUCAACACAGAUCGACAUGUGGGGUGUUGGUUGUAUAUUCUAUGAGAUGGCUGCAGGUCGGCCGCUGUUCCCCGGCUCCACUGUGGAGGACGAGCUCCACCUCAUCUUCAGGUUACUGGGUAAACCCACAGAGGAGAACUGGCUGGGAAUCUCCUCCAUCGAAGAGUUUAAAUCCUACAACUUCCCCAAAUACAAACUACAGCCGUUAAUCAACCACGCUCCCAGGCUGGACGGCGAAGGCAUCGAGCUGCUACUGGCUUUUCUCAGAUACGAAUCUAAGAAGAGGAUUUCAGCUGAAGAGGCGAUGAAACAUUCCCACUUCAGACAGCUCGGGAUGAGAGUACACAAACUGCCUGAGAGUGUAUCAAUAUUCACGUUAAAAGAAGUGCAGCUGCAGAGAGACCCUGGCUACAGGAACUCCUCGUACCCAGAGUCAGGUAAUGGCAAGAUCAACAGGAGGCAGAGCAUGCUCUUCUAACGUCUGAUGAAGAGGAAGGUUGACUCCCCAACUUCAUCAUCACUUUCCACCAACCUCUUGCAUGAGCCAACCUCCCCUCGGAGUGACCCCCCCCUUACCUGCACACACACGCACGCACACACAUAAACAUGCACACACACCCCUCUGAGCGAGCGACUCUUGGUUGAAUCUAUUUGGAGACUGUUUAUUUAUUGGGGGGUUAGGUUGAAUCUUUUGCUGCUAAACUACUACUGUCUGUAAUUAACACACUGUGUGUGUGUGGUGUGUGUGUGUGUGUGUGUGUGUGUGUACAUGAUGAUAACUCGAGAUGCCAUGCACAGUUGAGCAGUCAGAAAGGUUUAGAAAGACUGGGAUGCUAGAUGGACUUGUCGGGAGAAAAAAACGAUCCUCUGUAUUCCUCCUCGUCGUUUUUCAAAAACAUUUCAGUCGACUCUUCUCGAAUCCUUGCUGCCCUUCUGGGGGGUCACACUGAGGGUCAAAAAAUGUGAGCGGAUUGCGGUAACAGUUUUAAGCUGAGGGUUAAAGAAGCACACAUAGAGUCAAACACAUCAAACUGGAUGAACAUGAAACCAACUUUUGGUUCUUUUGUUAUUUUUGACUAUUCUGGCACAGAAAUGGUACCUACACUGAGGAGUAGAAGGACUCUGGAUGAAAGAAGAGGAAUACUUGAACAGGAUGUGACGUCCCACAGUAAAACCCCUCACAGAACAGCCAGGACUUUAGUGUUUAAAAAAAAAAAAUGCAAGCUACACUUUGCCGCUCUGUGUGCAUUUGGAGAUCUCACUGCAGUAAGUCUUUGUUUUUAACUUGCACUUCAGUGUUUUUUUGGAAUCAGGGACCCAUGCCGGGACACGGCCGAGUUUACCCAACAGUAUUAAGAUGUAUUCUCUGUGUCUGUAAUCUUUUGACCUCUGCUUGUGAACAACAGUGUCAUUGUGGCAUGUUUUUUGGAGGGGGGGGGUUGGGAUUGGGUGUUCGAAAGCAAAAUGGUUGUUUUCCACUUGCCGUCGGACCACUGCUCUCUCCAGCAUUUGUACACAUUUCAAAUCUACAUAUUAGAUUUAACUGACAGUGAUGCUUCCAAUGAAGCCGGUUGAGAAGUCUCACUUUUAAUUGCAUGUUUACUGAAGCAAAUGGAAGAUCUCCCAAAAGUCACAAAUCAUUUUAAAGUGUCUUUUGAUGUUCUUUGCAUUCCUGGUUUAUUUUAGUUGCCAUUAGUAUUUAUCUUAUUCCUGUGGACCAACGUAGGUGUUGUCACUUCUUGUCCGUAUAUUUCCAGCAGCUAUGUGAUAGCAGCAGGAAUUGUGACAUUUUGGGCAACACGCUUAUUUGCUUUUUUGCGUGGGUUAGAUCAGAAGAUUGAUGCCCCUCUUGUGUCUGUACAGUAAAUGUGAAGCUAGCAACAGCAGCCUGUUAGCUUAGCACAAAGACCAAAAUCGAGAGUAAUGUAAAAACAACACGUUGUGUUUUUACAGGAGGUGACGUGCUGGACUGUUUCUUAGCAUAGUGACUUAUUGGAUUGUUGUAGGGACCUUGAGGUUGCUACACCAGCCAUGAAAUAGUCCCGAGCUUAAACCCCACCUGUUGUUUUUUACUAAGCUUCAGCGGUGCUGGUCUACAGAUUAGUUACUUUAAGACAGGCUAGCUCUUUCAGCCUGUCUCUAGUUUUCAUGCUAAGCUAAGCUAACCAGCUGCUGGCCCCAGCUUCAUAUAUGUACAAACAGGAGGGGUAUUGAUCUUCUCGUCUAACUUUCGCCAAGAAAGAAAACAGGCCUAUUUUCCCAAAUGUCAAUCUAUUCCUUUAAAAUAUUUGUCAGCAAUUAAGAAUCAAAGAGCAAGAUCUCCAGAGCCGCCAUUUAGCUUAAGCUUUUUUCAACAGCCACAGAGAGAGAUUCACAGUAGCAACAAAUAGAGUGCAGUGCACGAAAUAACACCAGGAAUGCAUUGAACAACACAGGUUGAAUAUGUACAAGUGUGAGAAGGCAUUUGAGGGAUAUUUUCCUGUCACUGCUGCUCUUUUGCCCACAUGACACAUUUAUUGUGUGUUGAGGUUUAAAGGAUUUGAGCUACACUACAGUUACUAAUUGGGUAGAACGUUCUAGAAAAGUGGUGGAAGCAUUACUAAUGACCUAAUUAAUAGCCGAGAGCAUUAAUGUAAUGAACAAAGUUUGCAGUUAAUAGUGUAAUAAUCUUGUAAACAUACUCCACUUUGCAGAAUAUUUCUUAGCUUUUCAUCAUGUAUUAAAUGAUAAAUUAUAAUUUGA